CUGUUCUCACCUGGUAGUAUCAAUGACAAAGGGUAGUUAUUGCGUAGUGGAAUGAAUACAGACACAGUUAACCUAUUUAGCAAAAUUAAAUUAAAAUUUUCGUACUUUUCAUUAUAUUACGAUGGCUGAAAUAUCUGAGGUGCAAAGUAAAGAUAUUGGACAAGCAGUAAUAACAGAACAAGAACGUGAAUUAGCCCAAAAUGCAUUAUUCGAAUUUCAGAAAGGUUCAUAUACAUCUUGCUUAAAUUAUUUGAAUAAAUUGGAAACUCUCAGGCCAAAGGAUCUUAAAGUAAUGCAUAAUAAAGUUGUAGUAGAAUAUUAUAAAAGUGAUUUGAAAAAGACAGAAUUGAUGAGAAAAAGUUUGAAUGCAAUAUGUGGACAAAUGUCUACGACAGAUUUGGGUGAUGCUAUAGAUGAUGUUGAAAAAUGUGUAAUGAGAUAUAAUCAAGCAGUUUUGUUAUAUCAUACGGGACAGUAUACUGCAGCAUUACAAAUAAUGAAUAGAUUAUUUGCUUAUAUUGAACCAAUGGAAGAAAAUUUGGCACAUAAAGUUUGUUUACUUUUAAUUGAAUUACAUAUAAUAACUGAACAACCUGAUGCAGCAUUAUCGCUAAUAAAUUAUAUAGAAAGUCAAUUCAUUUCAAUGGAUAAUUCUAAGAUUGCAUCAGUAGAUAAAGAUGGUGUAAUGAAAGUUGUAAAAGAACAGAAAGAACAGAAGAAAGAUAAUAAUGAUACAGUUACAGAUUUAUUUAAAAUGAAAUUAUUAAAAUGCAAAGCUAGAAUAUACCUUUUAACACACCAAUUAAAAUUAUGUAAACGAGAAUGGAAGACAUUAGUUUCUUUAGGAACUCCAAUAAAUAUAUCAACAUUAUGUUUGAAAGCAAAUUUGGAAUACUUAAAAGGAAAUUAUAAAAAGGCUAUUAAGCUUUUAAAUUCACUCACAACAGAUAAUUUAGAUUUCAAAUCUUGUGGAAAAUUUUCUGCAGUCUUAUAUUAUAAUAAUAUGGCAUGUAUACAUCUUGCCAUGGGUAAACCAAAUUUAGCAUGUUUUUAUUUACAAAAGGCUUUACAAGAAAAUAAAAAUGCUGUAGAAAGUGUGCAAAUAAAAGAUACUGAUCCUUUAUCUUCACAACCAUUGUAUACACUUGGUGGAAAUAAACAUUAUGAAUUAAUGUACAGUCUGGGUAUAUCAUAUUUACAUGCUGGUCAAGCAUCAAAAGCUUUUGACUGUUUUACUGAGGCUGCACAGAGAUUACAUAAUAGUCCUAAACUCUGGUUAAGGAUGGCUGAAUGUUGUAUUUAUUGUCAUAAACCAACGAAUGAGGUUGAUUUUAAUAUACCUAAACGGCGUAAAGAUUUAGUUCAGAAAGUAAUAGGUUCUGGAAUGCAUAGAAAGAUAGUCUUAACAUCAUCACUUUCAAAAGAUACAAAAUAUCAUACAGAAGGUUUAUCUUAUGCCAUACCACAGCCUACUUUAGAAUUUGCAUUAUUAUGUUUGAAGAAUGCUUUAUUUUUAUUACCUAAUAAUAGCGAAUUAAAUUUAUCUAUGACAACAAUUACAAAUCCUCAAACUGUUUCAUUAGCAUUGACACCUGGACAUAAUUUGAAUAAUCAGAACUCCACCUUGAUAUCUCAAGCAAUGACUAUAGAGGCAUUGAAUUUAAAGAUCAAUGUCUUGGCUGCAAGUGCAUAUGUAUCUUUAUGUCUUGGAGAUUAUAUUGUUGCAUUAGAACAUGCUAAAGCAUUAUUAAAUCUCAAUAAAGUGCCUGGAGCAUAUAGAAUGCUUGGUAAUUUGUAUGCUGCUGAAAGUUUGAUUUUCAUGGAUAAAAUUAAUGAAGCAAUCGAGUAUUUGAAGCCAGAAAAUAUACAAGAUUUAAAUACUUUUGUUUCUAUUCCUGAAAUUCAGGAUAAGGAUAAAGAAAAAAUUGAAGAAGUAGUUUUGAAGCCUAUGAAAGCAUGGUAUCCAACAACUGUUCCUACAGGUGUUGCGGUUCUUCGUUAUAACUUAGCAGUUGCUUAUGCUAUACGUGGUGAACUUGAUAAAUCUGGUGAAACAUUAAAACAGGUAUGGUUGUCAAAAGGUGCAGACUGUGAUGUACCUAUACAUGUAAUAAUGUUAGCAUUAUAUAUAGAAUUACAACUUGGUCAUGCAGAUAUUUCGAAAUCGAUAAUAAAACAACAUUGUCCUCAGUAUCGUUAGUCAUUUUUUUAUUUGUACUUUAUAUAAUGUCAUUUGUAAUCAUCCCUGUAUUAUGCGUAUCAAUAUGUAUAUAGAAAUGGAAAAUAUGAUUACAUUUUAUUGUACAUAUGCGAUAAUUGCAAUUUUUGGAUCUAUGUUAAAGGAUAAACAUAAAGAAAGUAAUCAAGAUUCCAAUUAUUCAGAUAUAUAUAGAUGUGUAUAUAUAUGGGCAUUUAUAUACAGUUAUGUACUUUUGUAAAAAUAAUUCUUAGAUUAAUAUUUGGUUGAACAUAUUUAUUAGUUCAGCUUUCAACAAAUGCUUCGGCUUUCUAUUUAAUGUAAUUACAAAAAUUUGUUAUACUUGGUAUAAUUAAAAG